AUGUCCUCAGCGGGUCCUCCUGGAGUGUGUGUGGAUGAUGAAGGGAAUGAACGGAAGCCUGGUGAGACAUGGUUGUUGUCAGAUGGCUGUCACUCAGUGCUGUGCAACCCAUCAGGCACAGUAACGGUGCAGAGCCAUCGCAUCAACUGUGAAAAGAUGGAGCCUCCCGUCUGCAAAAACAGCCUUCCGGCCCUCCGCUACAAUCACACCUGUGGCUGCACCUGGACCUGCCCCUGUAGUUGCAUGGGCAGCUCCACUAGUCAUGUUGUGUCAUUUUCGGGGGCGGCUCUGAAGCUAAGAGCCGCUUGCUCCUAUUUGCUGCUUCGCUCAGGAGGAGCGGAGCUAGUGUUGCACGCGGCUGCCUGUCAAAGCUCGCCCAAUCAGAUCUGCAUGAAGAGCCUGGAGCUGAAGGAGGGCGGGACAAGUGUGGUGCUACAGGAUGACAUGAAGGUGACUGUGGGCGGUGUGUGUUUACCGCAGUCCCAUUCAGGAUUCAGGGAGUAA